UUUCUUCCAUUGCGCCGACUGAGGCUUGUUCUUCUCUCUUUCUCUGCGGUCCUUCGCAAACCCUAAUCGGUCCAAGGUACAUUUCGUCUGAUUUGGCAGAGGAGAGAGAUCCAGGAUGUCGAAGAGAGGUAGAGGUGGCUCUGCCGGUAACAAGUUCAGAAUGUCACUGGGUCUUCCAGUGGCUGCAACCGUGAACUGUGCGGAUAACACCGGGGCCAAGAAUUUGUACAUAAUCUCCGUUAAGGGGAUUAAGGGAAGGCUUAACCGUCUUCCCUCUGCUUGCGUUGGUGACAUGGUCAUGGCGACCGUGAAGAAGGGCAAGCCUGAUCUCCGUAAGAAGGUCCUUCCCGCGGUCAUUGUCCGCCAGAGGAAGCCCUGGCGCAGAAAGGAUGGGGUUUACAUGUACUUUGAAGACAAUGCGGGGGUUAUUGUGAACCCAAAGGGCGAAAUGAAAGGAUCGGCUAUCACAGGACCAAUCGGGAAAGAGGGCGCAGACCUGUGGCCUAGGAUUGCCAGUGCCGUAAAGAUUAAUGUCGUUUCUGUAAUAGUUUUGGCGGGUGGGUCCAGUGGGGUGGGACUUGGUGCGAGUGACGGGAAAGAGCAGCGUUGA